AUGACCCUGUGCACCGUGGAGCAAAGCGCUGCCCGGUCCUGCACAAUCCCCACGAUGGGCAGAUUCGACUUUUGUGACCCGGACACCAGAGAGGUGCGACCCGGGGCGGGCGGCUUUGUCAGAUGGGCCUGGCCCGCGCAGGGGAGGAAGGCUGGGGCCGCGGAGGCACGCGCAGGCCUCCUGCAGGCGUGUCCGCGGUGCGCGCCUGCGGCCAGCAGAGGGCGGCAGAGAACAGGAGUGGCCGGAGCGGCGCGCGGGCGCCCGAGCCCAGCCGAGCCGGACCCCGAGCCCGCGCGCAGACGCCCGGAGACGCGGCUGGGCGCGAGAGGCCGGCGGUCCUUCCUGCGCCCCAAGUGCACCCAGAGCCCGGGAGCCAUGGCUAGCGCCUCCGCUGGCCCCGAGGACGCGGGCCAGCCCCGAGGCCGGGCCGGCCGGGCGCGGGCUGAGGAGGAAGACGCCCCUCCUGAGGAGAAGCGGCCGAGGCUGGGGCCCGAGAAGGCGGAAGGCGGGGACGCGCCACGUCUGGGCACCGAGGACACCGGCACCCAGACGGGCGGCGACGGCGCAGGUGUAAGUGGGGGCGCGGGCAGGGCUGGGCUGCGGGCGGGGCGCAGGCACGCCGCCGCGUGGGUCAGGUGGAAGUUGGCAAUGGGCUUCCAACUCCUGCCGGCGCGAGGUGACAGGCGAGCGGACCUCCGGAGCAGCGCGCGUCGCGUGUCUGUGGCGGAGCCCACUUCCUGCUUCUCCGCGACGUGGCUGCCCGGGGUCCCCCGCCCGCGUGGCUCGGGGGUGGCCGGGUGGGGAGGGUACGGAGCAGCUCGCACUGUGCGCCCCCUCCCGGCCAGGGCGGCCUUCGUAGUCCCUCGGGACUGGGCUGCGGUGUGGAGUGUGUGCCCCUCACCGCCCGGUCAGGUGAGGCGCUGGGGUGGGAGGCACCCGGGCGCCCGGCUCAGCCGUGUGGGCCGGCGCCAGCUCCGCGAGCCUGUUCUGGCUGCCUUUUCUUGUUGGGCCACGAGAGUUGAGAGAAAGCAGGUGGCACCGCUGCCCCUCUCCCUUCACGGAGGGCCAGGAGGCAAAGCUCUGGGCAUCCCCUCCAGGGCUGGCCGGCUCUGGGCCCCGCCAGCGAGGGUGCGUGUGAGUGUAUGCCGCACGCACGCUCGCGGGUGUGAGUCACUGCGCGUGUGGCGGUGGGAGGGCGGGCUGCGCAAUACGUGCGUGUGUGUCACUAAGUGCUUGCGUGGCGGUGUGAGGGUGUGCUGCGUGCAUGCACACGUGUGUCAUUACGUGUGUGUGGCGGUGUGA